AUGUCAAACAAUGCAGCUACAGAAACCUUAACCAGAGAACAAAAUGAUGGAAGAAGGAUUGAAACCACUCAGGAUACUGAUAGUAUGACGGGUGAAUCCCCCACCCUGAUAGGAGAUGUCCUUCGACCAAAAAUAACACGUAGAGUGGGCUGCUGGAACGUGCGGACCCUCUACCAAACAGGAAAACUAGCACAAGUGGUGAGAGAAAUGGAGCAUUACAAGAUCGAGCUUCUUGGAGUAAGUGAAACUAGAUGGACAGGCAAGGGAUCAAAACAACUAGUGUCAGGACAUCAAAUACUCUACUCUGGAAGAACUGACGAACAUCAUAGUAGAGGAGUAGCUAUAAUCACAACAAAAGAAGUUUAUAGAAGUCUGUUAGAAUGGAAGCCAGUGAAUGAACGAAUCAUAACAGCAAGAUUCAACUCAGCCUUUGCCAAACUUACAGUAGUGGUAUGCUAUGCACCAACAGAUGAUGCAGAAGACGACGAAAAAGUCUCCUUUUACGACAGCUUACAAGAAAUAGUAGACAAUACACCAUCUCACGAUGUCCUACUUAUCUUGGGAGACUUAAAUGCAAAAGUUGGGAAAAGCAAUCAAGGAAGAGAAAGCAUCAUGGGUAAGCAAGGCUUAGGAGAAUGUAACAGCAGUGGAGAGAGACUGUGCACUUUCUGCCAAGAAAACAACUUGAUAAUUGGUGGAACUAUAUUUAUGCACAAAGAUAUCCAUAAGACAACAUGGAACUCCCCAGAUGGACAUACGAAAAACCAAAUUGAUCAUGUCAUCAUCAACAAAAGAUGGAGAAGUAGCCUUCUGGAUGUGGUUGCAAAGCAAGGAGCAGGCGUGGGAAGUGACCACUCAUUAGUACUGGCUAAAGUCAAGCUGAAGCUAAGGAAAUCAAGGAAGAAAGAUCAAAGACCGCCUCCUAUUAACAUCCAAAAGCUUAAAGAUCCAAAAGUUAUGAAAUCUUUUCAAUUGAAAGUGCAGAACAAGUUUGAGGCUCUUAUGGAACACCCAGAUGAAAUUGAUAUAGAAACAUUUAAUGAGAUACUCUUAGAAAAUGCGCAACAAAUACUUGGCCCAAGAAAGAGGAAAAAAGAGGGAUGGAUAUCAGAGAACACAUGGAAAAUAGUAGAACAACGAAAAGAAAAGAAAAAGAAAAUCCUGUCCACUAAAUCAAAGAGACAAAAAGACCAGCUCCAAGCAGAAUAUCGAACUAUAGACAAAGAAGUUAAGAAAAAUGCAAGAGCAGACAGAAAGGCAUACACUGAAAAACUAGCUAAUGAAGCAGAACAAGCAGCUUCGAAACAAGAUAUGCAAACCCUCUAUCGUAUCACCAAAGCACUAGCAGGUAAAUUUCAGACAGCAGAUUUACCAGUAAAAGAUAAAAGAGGGAAUGUCUUAUCAAAAAAAGAAGACAUACAGAAAGGAUGGAAAGAACAUUUUGAGGAAGUGUUCAAUAUAAAUGAUACAGGAAAUGAGGUCCUGAUAACAUCAGCCAUCAACACAUUGGAUUUUAAUACAGAUCCACCCAGUAUAGAAGAGGUGAAAAAGGCAAUAGGGAAAUUAAAAAAUGGAAAGGCUGCUGGCAUUGACCAGAUAAAUGCAGAGCUCCUCAAGGCCGAAGAAUAUUGGACACCUACCAUCUUGACAAAUAUUCUACAGAACAUAUGGGAAUCAGAAGAGACACCAACUUUCUGGAGAACAGGCCUUAUAGUAAAACUUCCAAAAAAGGAGACCUUUCCAACUGCAACAACUAUAGAGGGAUAA